AAAAAAAGUUCGCAGUGCUCGUCCCGCCGCUUCUGCUCCCCCAUUUUCCCACACCAUCUUCGGUGAUCCAACUUGAACUUCUUUUCUCUUCCCACCCCUACGACUUUUGAAGUCUUUGUGAUAUCUCUCAUCCCCGAGAGUUGUGCUGCCAGUUUUACUCCCAAAACCCCACCGUCUUCGAUCACAGCAUCUCGCCUGUGAUCUUUUCUCAACAACACCGCAAUCAUGGCUUCUAACGACAAGGGCUUGGAGGAGAUCCCCGAGGGACAGAUCGAGACUAACUACGAUGAGGUUACCGACUCUUUCGACUCCAUGGACCUGAAGCCCGAGCUGCUUCGCGGUGUCUACGCCUACGGUUUUGAGCGUCCCUCCGCUAUCCAGCAGCGUGCCAUCAAGCCCAUCAUUGCCGGCCACGAUGUCAUUGCUCAGGCUCAGUCUGGUACCGGAAAGACUGCCACUUUCUCCAUCUCCGCUCUCCAGAAGAUCGACCAGGAGCUCAAGGCUUGCCAGGCUCUGAUUGUCGCUCCCACCCGUGAGUUGGCUCAGCAGAUCCAGAAGGUCGUUGUCGCCAUUGGUGACUUCAUGAACAUUGAGUGCCACGCCUGCAUUGGUGGUACCAACGUCCGUGACGACAUGAACGCCCUCCGCGCCGGCCCCCAGGUCGUUGUCGGUACCCCCGGUCGUAUCCACGAUAUGAUUGAGCGCCGUGUCCUCAAGACCGACCAGAUGAAGCUCUUCAUCCUCGACGAGGCUGAUGAGAUGCUUUCUCGUGGUUUCACCGAGCAAAUCUACGACAUCUUCCAGCUCCUCCCCCAGUCUACCCAGGUCACCCUGCUGUCCGCUACCAUGCCCCAGGAUGUCCUUGAGGUCACCACCAAGUUCAUGCGUGACCCCAUCCGUAUCCUGGUCAAGAAGCAGGAGCUUACCCUUGAGGGUAUCAAGCAGUUCUACAUUGCUGUUGAGAAGGAGGAGUGGAAGCUCGACACCCUCUCCGAUCUCUACGAGACCGUCACCAUCACCCAGGCCGUCAUCUUCUGUAACACCCGCCGCAAGGUCGACUGGCUCACUGACAAGCUCACUGCCCGUGACUUCACCGUCUCUGCCAUGCACGGUGACAUGGAGCAGGGCCAGCGUGAUGUUAUCAUGAAGGAGUUCCGUUCCGGAUCUUCCCGUGUCCUGAUCGCCACUGACCUUCUGGCCCGUGGUAUCGAUGUCCAGCAGGUCUCCCUGGUCAUCAACUACGACCUUCCCGCCAACCGUGAGAACUACAUCCACCGUAUCGGUCGUGGUGGUCGUUUCGGUCGUAAGGGUGUUGCCAUCAACUUCGUCACCGCUGACGAUGUCCGCAUGAUGCGUGAGAUUGAGCAGUUCUACAGCACCCAGAUCGAGGAGAUGCCCAUGAACGUUGCUGACCUCAUCUAAACACCCUAAUACCAUCACCUAACGUCCCUCGAUGCGGAUUACGAAUGCAGUUGCCAAUAACGCUCCAAGGGUGAGCUGCGGUGGGAAAGACGUUUUGACAUCGUUGCGCUUCUCUUGGUAAAGGAGAAUCCUUCAAAAAGUGGCUUUCUGUGUCUCCAGCAUUUUCUCUUUCAGCAGUGGCGAGCGGGAACCGUCUAAUCUGCGUGUUUCUGUCUUGUGCUGUUUAUGGUUUCCUUUGUCUGUUAUUGCUUAUGGAGAUGCGACACGCUUGUGCGAUUUUAUUGCUGUAAUUCAUGGUUCUCUUCCGGAAACGCUUUUUCACACCCUUUUUCCUUUGCUCUGUACCUAGCUCGCUCUCUGGUUGGUUAAGGAUGCUGCGUUCAUACUUGACCAAGAGGUCGGGCCAAAAAUGUGAUUAGUUCAAUCAGGCUUUCUUUUCCUCGAGGCACUUUGGGUGGACGAAGAUAUGAUUAUGGCUCGGACUGGUUGUAUACCUGUGUUCACUAGUAUAGACAAGAGAGGUACAUACCAUUCCAUUAGUUUGUUUUGAAUAGUCAAUCUUCAACUCCUGGUUUUGUGGAACACGCGG